AUGCGCUGCCUUAGCAUCUACGCCGCCGUUUCGCUCGCCCUGGUCACUCCCGUCGUCGCGCAGGGAAAAUGGAUCGAUCUCCCCAGUAACGAGCCGGGGACGAUUUCAUCCGACAACAGCGACACAGCCUGUCUCGAUAGCAGGGCUAGGCUUCGCGAUAGUACCUGCGCAACCUUUGAAGUCGAUGACGACGGCCACAUUUUUACGGGCUCUGGCGACUCCAGGCGCUGGCUCCAUGUGGACGACGACACUGAAGCGUUAGAGCUUGUUUCCGGCGAUGCCCCUACUGGGCACUGGAAGGGGAUUAAGACUGUUUCGCCAGAAACUACGGGUCUCCUUUCACUGUUUGGCGUGAAGAAAACAGCUCCCCAGUCACCGAACUAUGGUCCUAACUGGGACUCUGACGGGGGAGGUGGUUAUAUUAAGCUGAAGGAGUGGGACGGUGGUCGCGGCGGGCAUCACAAGCAGCUCAGGUUCACGGUUAAUUCGUAG